AUGCGAAUUGGCCAACAACCAAUUAAUAAAACUGUUGCAGAUAAUGCGUUGGCAGAAUUUUGUGAAAGUAUUAAUUAUGAUUCGCUUAGGGGGCUACCUUGUGCAGCUUGUUCUGGUUUAUAUCC